AACGUCAUCAGGUCGACAAUAGACAAUGAAUAAUCCAAUGCAGCAGACAAGACUCGCUUCCCAGCGAUCAUUACUUGAGGAGAACAUAGCGGUAGGCACACCCAAUCUAACUACCUCGAGCCCUCCGCAAACUAAUCUUGACCCUGCAGGCUGCCGAAUCUCUUGCAGAUUCCCUAUUCCUCAACGCAAGGUACGACGAGUCUCUCGAAGCCGCAAUAAACUCCAUCGAGCAUUGCAUGAAAGCUCGCCUUCACGCCCCUGACGCCAACAAGCCGCGGUUGGGCGAAAAGUGCGAGCAGCUCAUCAGGAAGGCCGAGUGCAUUAAAAGGCUUCAGAAGAAGGCACUGGAGAGGGCUCAGAAUGGGGAUCGUGAUCAGACGUCCGCACCACCAGUACCUCCCCCGAGCGACUCGGGAAGUACCACUGGUCGAAAAUCGCUGAUCUGCACAGACAAACUUACGGUUAAAGAGCAAACUCUCCUAUGGAAGUCGUCUAAGGUGAACGGCCUGACUUAUCCACCAUGGGAGAACGACCCUAAGCCUUCAGAAUUUUUCCCGGAUGGGCUGUUUUCGUAAGCCACUGUCGUUUUUUCUCCUGUGAUUGGGAUUGCCGGCCUGACACAAACGAGAGACCCCUCUGGAUUUUUACAUCUCUCCGAUUCACAGCGAUCCAUGUUAGCGGCUUGGAAACGACCGGACGAAAUAUUUGAGGGCGGGGAGGUUUUGUUUCCCGGAGGGGGACACACACUUGACCUGACCCAAGAUGUUGUCACCGAUUGCUCGGUAGUGGCUAGUUUGUGCUCAGCUAUAGGAAGAGAGGGUAGUGGCUUCGGGAAGGUAGGCUAUUUGUGGGAUUGGGAACUUUCCUUGCGAGAUAUCAACUAAGCUUUCGGUUUAGAUUAUUUCAAAUAUUUUAUACCCGCAAAACAAGUAUAAUUGUCCGAUAGCUAGUCCACUCGGGAAGUACAUCGUCAAGCUCUACUUUAACGGUUGUUUUCGCAAGGUUGGAAACCUUCCCACCGCUGUUGAGCACAAGCGCUCACUGAACUAUUGUUAGGUGAUUGUUGACGAUUACCUACCCGUUUCGAAUAAUUCCCGGUCGUUGUACGUGACUUGUCGUAACGAUCCAAAAAUCUUUUACCCCGCGCUCAUCGAGAAGGCCUAUCUAAAGUUGAUGGGCGGAUAUGAUUUCCCUGGCUCGAAUUCUGGGACGGACUUGCUAGCGUUAACUGGAUGGAUCCCCGAGCAUGUAUUCCUUCAAUCCGAUGAUGUACUACAAGGCAGCUUGUGGAAAAGGAUGUACAAGGCAUGGGGAUAUGGCGACGUUCUGAUCACAUUAGGGACUGGGAGCAUGACUAGGAGAGAGGAGAUGGAAUUGGGCCUGAUAGGGGACCAUGACUAUGCUGUCUUAGCUCUGAAGGAAGACAAAGGUCAAGGCAUGCUGUUGGUCAAAAACCCAUGGUCUGAGGGUACAGUAUGGAAAGGCGCUCCUUCGCUUGACUCGGACGAAGAAGAGGAUUUUGAUGCCGGUUCCGGAGUUUCCGCCUUCGAAACAAAUAGGCUCAGGAAUGCGCUCCCGGCUGCUUCGGAAGAGGAGGCCGCUCCUGGUGUAUUCUGGAUAUCGCAAGACAAUGUUUUUCGUCAUUUCACAAGCAUAUAUCUCAACUGGAAUCCAGGUCUUUUUACACAUAGGAAUGAUACUCACUUCGCCUGGGAUCUUUCGGAGAAGAGGUCCGAAGGCUGUAUCGGGGGAAACCCACAAUUUUGUCUAGAGAACCCAAGCCCGCACCCUGCACUCGUCUGGUUGUUGCUAGGGCGUCACAUAGUUUCUACAGAAUCCUACAACGCCCAAACCGGUAUCACGGACGGGAAAACAAGCUAUAUAUCAUUGUGCGUAUUCGAAAGCCCGGGAAGGCGAGUCUACCGAUCAGAAUCAGCCCUCCACAUUGGUCCAUACGUUGAUUCACCCCAGACCCUCCUCCGUAUCGACGCAAUGCCGCCCGAAACGAAAUACACUGUAGCAGUUUCCUCCCAGGACCUGUCCAAGGCCCCGCACACCUUUACGCUCUCCGCCCUCUCCGUAAACUCAAUCCACAUGUCCCAAGCAGAAGACCCCUACAGCUUCCACAAUGUCCUGCAGUCCCAAUGGCUUCCCGACACCGCUGGCGGCAAUGCUCAAUCUCCAACCUACUCCAUAAACCCACAAUUCCGCCUCUCUGUCUCAUCAACCUGCGAUCUAAUGCUCCUCCUUGAAGCUCGCGAUACCCUUCCCGUCCACAUAAAGUUGGUCUGGGGUAAUGGAAAACGCGUAGCGUCGGUGACGACCCGCGACAUAAUCACCGAAAGCGGGGAGUACCGCCGUGGCUGUGCUUAUGCGGAAACCGCCUCAUUGCAAAAGGGCACAUACACAAUCGUUGCGUCAACCUUUGAGCCCGGCCAAAUCGGCGACUUUACUCUAACCGUCGCGUCUACCAUCUCGCAUGCUACCGUUACCGAAUUGCCCUCAGAAUCCGCAGGCAAACUGCGCAAAGACCUGCAGGGCGUCUGGGAAGCGGGUGUGACAGCAGUGGCCUAUCCACUAGAAGUAGAGCGUCUCACUAGGGUCUCCGGCACUGCUCGUACGCUGUGGACGAACUCGAGGGCGCAACCGAUGCUUAGGAUUUCCAUCGAGAGGAAGGUUGGCAGUCGGGGGAGGAAGACGGAGGCUAGUUCUGGGGGCGAGGGGGAGUUCUCGGACGUGCCGCAGGGGGUUAGGACUGGGGAUGUGGACCUGGAGGGGGGAUGGGAUUACUUGAUUGUUCUCGAGAGGAUGGGGGGCGAAGGGGGGAGCAGAUACGGGAUUGAUGUGCUUAGUGAUGGGGUGGUACACUUGGGGGAGCGGGUCCUGGUGGGGGAGUGA